GAGCGUAGGGCCCGACCCGUGCCCGACCCGUGCCCGACCCGUGCCCGACCCGUGCCCGACCCGUGCCCGACCCGUGCCCGACCCGUGCCCGCCGCUGUCCUUCCUCAACGCUGGGAGCUGCUGGCAGUCCCUGAGUUGUGGUCUCAUCAACCUGAGGAUGACAACGCUAGCCUUUGUUGAUAAGGAGAAUGGCGAAGUUGGUGUUACCAAGAAUCAGCUGAGACUCCCUUCAAGACCUUCGAAAAUCUUGUCUGAAAGAACACAAGUUAACACUCCACUUCCUAAAAAAACAAUCGGUGUGUCUCCAGCCACAUCUCACUCUGUCAGAAAGGCUCUUGGAAAUGUGAAUAGAACUGGAGGAGUCACGAGCAAGAUGGAAAAGAUAGGAGAGAAAAAUCAGCCUCGUACUGCAAGCAAAAUUACUGAAAAGACUGCUGGAUUAGAAAGCUGUGGUUCAGGGGCUGAAGAAGACUGGCCAGAAAUAGAAAACAUGUUUCCUUUUGAUCCUCAAGACUUUGAGAGUUUUGAUCUUCCUGAAGAGCACAAAGUAAGCAAUAUCAACCUGUGUGGUGUUCCCCUCAUGAUAUUUGAAAGGACAUAUGACAGAUGUGUCAACACAGUUCCUUCACCUACAGAGAUUGAAGAGAUUUCAUGGGAGCCCAACUUGCUGCAAUCAACUGCUGACUUCCUUGCUACUCUGGAUGAGAUCAUUGACAUGCCACCUCCAAAUUAUGACCUUUAGUGCAUAUUCUGAAGUUCCUAUUGAAUUAAAAUGUCAUUAAGUUCUGUGUUUUAAUAAAGGCUACUCUAAGCUGUGUAA